UCUCUUUUAAGAAAUCAAAAUAAAAAAAAAAUGGCUGGGAAAAUUGCAUGUUUUGUGGUUUUGUGCAUGGUGAUGGUUGCACCCUAUGCAUCGGAGGCGUUUAGCUGCGGUCAAGUUCAGUCCGGGGUGGUUAAGUGUCUCCCUUAUUUGCAAAAUCGCGGCCCUGUGGGACAGUGUUGUGAUGUUGUUAAAGGUCUCCUGAAUUCUGCUAAGACAACACAGGAUCGUAGAACUACAUGCUCUUGCCUUAAAUCAGCUGCUUCUAUUAUAAAGGGCAUUGAUAUGAGCAAAGCUGCUGGUCUCCCUGCUCUUUGUGGUGUCAAAAGUCCCUUCAAGAUUAGCCUCUCCACUGACUGCACUAAGGUCCAGUGA